AUGGUAAAGACAUUUCAAGUCUACUUAGGAGCACAAGGAAACAGCUCAACACGAAGCAACAGCAGCAACAGUAGUUGCAGUAACAGUAGCGAUAGUGAUGACCGUACAUACAGCUGUGUACAUUGUCGUGCUCACCUUGCUCGUCAUCAAGAUCUUAUUUCCAAGUCAUUUCAAGGAAGUCAAGGUCGCGCAUAUCUGUUCGACACGGUUGUUAAUGUUUCUUGUGGGAAACCAGAAGAAAGGCUCCUACUCACCGGUCUCCAUUCUGUAGCAGAUAUCUAUUGUGAUUGUUGUCAUACAGUAUUAGGUUGGAAAUAUGAACAAGCUUUUGAAUCUAGUCAAAAGUAUAAAGAAGGAAAGUACAUCAUAGAAUUAGCUCACUUAAUUAAAGACAAUGGAUGGGAUUGGGUAGUUUCUGAAUUAGAACAACGAAGACCUUAUUGAAGGUGUAUUUUUUAUUGUUAAGACGAGUUCACUAUCAUUUCUUAAAUCUUCAAAGAGAAAGAGUGCUACUAUUACUACUACUGUAACCCAUGUUAUGCAUCUUUACAUUUAUACAAACGUGUGUUGUUUGAUUCGUGUGUUAUUUUCUCUACAGUUACAUAUUAUAAAGUGC